AUGGCGUCGUCGCAGCCGAUCGCGUGGGCCAUUUUCCCAAGUCGAACGAAAGCGAUGAUGUUCCUGCGCCGUGGAUCUGCGCCGAUGGCGUCGCUUCUUGGCCGCCGGUGGUGCCACGCGUCCAAGCUGCCCAACCACAUCAAGUUCCGCCUCAUGGACAUCGAGUUCACGCAGGUCAUGGAAGGCUCCAAGCUCGUCAAGUGG